AUGAAUCUUGGCCCUCACAUCAACUUUACCAUCUGGCUUUUGACGGCACUGUCAGCCGUAUUCCUUGCACUGCGGGUGUAUUGCAAGUUCUUGAGGCAUCGCGGCUUGUGGUGGGAUGACUAUGUGUUGAUAGCUUCAUGGCUCUCUCUUGCUGUCUCGGGAGCCUUCGUUUCCGCGAGCAUAACUUUGGGGUUUGGGCGGCCACUGUCCGAAUUCAAUUUUGAUAACCUCCACAUGUAUCUCCUCUAUACUAAUCUGGCUGGAACCUUCUCCAUUCUCGCUGCUUUAUGGAGCAAAACUUCCUUUGCUAUCACAAUCUUGCGCAUAUCCUCAGACUGGACCAAGGUGGCCGUCUGGUUCAUCAUCGUCACAGUGAAUGGCUCACUAGGUGCAGCCAUUGGUAUCACAUGGGGACAAUGCACGCCGAUCGAGAAGAUUUGGCGCCCGAGUCUAGAGGGAUCUUGCUGGCCAAAGGAGAUACAAAUUCGAUACAACACUUUCACGGCGAUUUAUUCCGGGGCUUUGGACAUUGUAUUAGCUCUUGUGCCAUGGAAAAUAAUCUGGGCUCUUACCAUGAACAAGAAAGAAAAGUUUGGCGUGCUCAUAGCAAUGAGCAUGGGUAUCUUCGCUGGCAUCACGUCGAUUAUCAAGUUUACGCGGCUGCCCUCCAUCUCCGACUCCACCUUCACAGAGGCCACCAACGAGCUUGUUAUCCUUGGGAGCGCGGAAAGCGCCAUCACCAUCAUGGCUGCCUCGAUCCCUAUUCUCAGGGCCCUUCUCCGGGUGUCCGGCCCGCCUCGGGGCCCUGCCGAGUUCUACCACACGGACAUCAGCCUUGUCGCAGGCACUGAAAACCUCCAAGGGACAGCUCGCAGCAGGAAGAUCAUCCAGAUUGAGGAGGUGUUGGUCGAGUAUGAGUCUAAUGUGGAAUCAAAUCGCCACCCCGGUCAGGACCCUCAGGGGCUCGAUGUUGAGCGAGCUGUGUGA